AUGGGUAAUUGGAAAGUUGUUGUUAGUGUUUUCGUCGUCUUCUUUUGCAUUGGCAUUUGUUCAGCCGCUAGAUCACUUUUUAAUUAUGAAAGUGGUGGUGGUGGAGGUGAACAUGUAAUGCCAGGGUAUGGUUUGUAUGGAGGUGGUGGAGGGAGUGGCGGUGGUAGUGGGUUUGAAGGAGGGUCUGGUGGUGGUGGGGGACACGGUGGUGGAGUUGGAUUUGCCGGUGGAUAUGAAUAUGUUCCUAGUCAUGGAGGAGGUGGUGUUGGCUAUGGAGAAAAUGGUGGUGGGUAUGGAGGCGGUAGAGGGAGUGGAGGUGGUAGUGGUGGUUCCUAUGGAGGUGGUAGGGAGCAUGGAGGUUAUGGUGGAGGUGUAGGAGGUGGUAGCGGUGGUGGUGGUGGUGGUGGGGAGCAUGGAGGAGGUUAUGGUGGAGGUGGAGGAGGUGGUAGCGGUGGUGGUAGUGGUGGAUAUUAUGAAGGUGGUGGGCAGCAUGAAGGUAGUUAUGGCGGAGGUAUAGGAGGUGGUAGUGGUGGUGGGGAGCAUGCAGGAGGUUAUGGCGGAGGCACAGGAGGUGGUAGCGGUGGUGGCGUAAGAGGUGGUAGCGGUGAGGGUGGUGGUGAUGGUGGUGGUGGGGAACAUGGAGGAGGUUAUGGCAGAGGUGCAGGAGGUGGUAGCGGUUUUGGUAGUGGUGGAUACCAUGGAGGUGGUGGGGAACACGCAGGAGGUUAUGGUAGAGGGGAAGGAGGUGGAGGUGGAGGUGGAAGUGGUGGCACUGGCAGCGGUGGUAGUGUUGGAUGCCAUGGCGGUGGUGUAGAUCUUGUAAGAGGUUAUGGUGGAGGGGCAUGGGGUGGUAACAGUGAUGGGGAGCAUGCUGGAGGUUACGGUGGAGGCGUAGGAGGUGGUAACGGUCAUGGGUAUGGAGCCGGGGGUGAGAACGGUGGUGGGUAUGGUGGUGGCGGUGGAGGUGGAGGUGGACACGGUGGUGGAGUUGGGGGAGCCGGAGGAGGUGGGUAUGGAAGUGGUGGUGGAGAAGGUGGUGGUGCAGGCGGGGCAUAUGGCGGUGGUGCAUACGGGGGAGGAGGAGGUGGUGGUGGGUCUGGAGGUGGAGGUGGAGGAGGGAGUGGUGGAUACUAUGGUGGUGGCGGGGAGCAUGGGGGAGGUUAUGGUGGAGGUGCAGGAGGUGGUAGCGGUGGUGGUAGCGGUGGAUACAAUGGAGGUGGUGGGGAGCAUGCAGGAGGUUAUGGUGGAGGAGGUGGCGGCGGUGGUGGUAGUGGUGGAUACUCUGGAGGUGGUGGGGGGACGUUGACUCAAGCAACUGAAACUACAACCUGA